AUGAUAUCUGAUCCGGCUCUAUCCGCCCGAUAUCCACCAUGGCAAUGGACACCCGAGACCCUCAAACGAUUCACAUCGCAAGUAGCUGAACGAUUAAAAGUGAGCGGCGAGUGGAGUCAACGUUCGACUCCGGAAAUGCUUCUGGACGACCCUUCGGGCAAAAAAAGAAGAAGGAGUCAGAAAUUGGGAUUAGGAAGUGGGAAUGAUCUAGGUGCGUUGGACGGAUGUAACGGGAUGGGUGGUUAUUUGUUGAACAGUUUGAAGACAAAGCAAACAACCAUACAAAUUCACACCAGUCUGAAUGACUUGAGACAGGCUUUGAAAAAUCUGAUGACCAAAGUUACCAAAAAAGAUGCACUGGCCAAAACCGCUCGUGAAUGGCGUCUGGUGGUCAUGACCGUGGACCGGAUAUUUUUUUGGUUCUCCCUGAUUACCAUAAUUGCUAGUGGAUUCUUCUUUCUAUAUCCUAGGGGACAAAAGCACAGCGUUCAAGAGGUUCUAGCCAUGCAUGAAGCACAAUAUGAGAGACGCAAUAUCGAAGUGGCCAAACAGUGUCUCAUGCGCCGUCAACAUAUGUGA